AUGAGGCGACCCCCUCAGCAGGGCACUGUGGACAACCGGGGGGACCCGAAGUCGGAGAGUACCCCUGGGAGGAGCAGCCCCGGGAGGAGCGACCACCACAGAGAAGACUGCACCCAGGACAACACAGACGCCCUGAGCGACGAUGAGGAAAGGCACUUCUGUAACGUUUGCUUUUCCUUCUUGUAUUAUAAAAAAUAUUGCUUCUACGAACUCCUGAGGAUAUAUCGAAAUAUCUCCUCCCUGACCAACGAGGAAAAGACUCUCCUAACUGAAUCCAUUUACAGCAAGCUGUAUAAGAUGUACCUAGCGGUCUUGAAUAACUAUUUUUUUAUUCUUAAUAUAUUGCUUCCGCAGAUCUCAACUCAUGUUAUUUUGCACCUACUGGCACACACUGCUCACCGCGGGGAUGUGGUCAUCGUGGAGGAUUCUGGCAGCGACGAGGGGGGCGGCAGUGGGGGGAGUGGAGGCAGUGGGGGAAGCGUUCGAAGUGGAGGAAGCGUCGGCAGCGUUGGAAGCGUUGGAAGCGUCCCGGAGGAUGCCAGCUGCAGUAGCAACGCAGAGGGGGGCCUCUCCGACCGUAGAAGCAGCAUCGAUGAAGGGGAGAAGAAGACCGACAAAGGAAAAACGCGAAAGAAAAGGAGAAAAAAAAUCCCCAUGGAGGAAUACACAAUCAACGAAAUACUGAACCAUUUAACGGAGGAGGAGAAGGACAAAAUCGAUCGAGAGUAUAACUACCAUAACUUGAAUGCAAGGUUGCUCUGUAAGGAUAACCCAAUCGUUAUACUAAAAGAAAUAAGAUCCAAGUUAAUGAGUGCUAAAGAGGACGAAGGGAUGUCUAAGGAGCUUGAGCUCAAUUUGGAGAGAUCUACAUCUGCAGAUUAUUUGGACGUUGGCUACUCCACCGGGAGAAAAACGCCUCAUAAGGAUGAAACAGGUGCGGACCUGUUAGGCAGUUCAUCGUUGUUUCCUGAGGGGGGAGGGGGGGAAACUCAUGGAGAAGGGAAGCAACAAGGGGGACACUCCUCAGAGCAGUCACACGAGGUAAGCCUUAAGGGAGAGCUCCAGGAGGAGCGGAGAAGGGGCCUGCCCUUCCCGGAGCACUACAACAGGCAGUAUCAUAAUAGGAGGAAGGAGAAGGAAGAGCUGGGUACCCCCAACGGGAAGGGGAAAUCGGAAGAUUAUCGCCAUGGGGGCGACGCCGAGCAGGAGUGCGGCGUGGGUGGAGAAGUACGCGGCGAAGCGUACGUCGCAGACUACCGCAAGCAGUACAGCGAGUACGCGUUCCCCCGCCUGGACGGCGAGCCGGGGGAGAGGCGGCUUGGCGAGUGGCUCGCGAGCGACGAGCCAGGGGGGGAGAACGCUGCGCCGGGUGCGGACCCGCCUGUUGGGGGUACCCCAGGUGGAGCCCCCCCAAGUAGGGUCACCCCAGGUGGGGCCACCCAAUGUGGAGAUCCCUCAAGUAAGGUCACCCCAGGUGGAGCCCCCCCAAGUAGGGUCACCCCAAGUGGGGCCACCCCAGGUGGAACCCCCGCCCAGGGAGAGCACGUGCCCCCCGGACGUCGAAUCACAAGCGCGUACAGCCCCACGCUGGACGAAUACAACCUGCUGCAAAACAUGAGCAAGGUGAGAAGCACACUGAGACAGUUCGUACGAGAUUGGUCCAUGGAAGGAAAACAUGAAAGAGAUAGUGCAUACGAACCCAUGUUAAGAAGUCUGGAUAAAUAUCUACCAAUAACAGAUACGUAUAUCCCAAAGAUCCUUUGUCCAGGAUCAGGAUUGGGAAGACUUCCAUACGAAGUGGCAAAAAAGGGUUAUAGAAGCCAAGGAAAUGAAUUCUCUUACUUCAUGCUUCUUGCAUCUAACUUCAUCCUCAACUACUAUAAUGAAAAGGAGUCAUUAAAAAUACAACCCUAUUGCUUGAACACACUUAAUAGAAGAAAAAGAGACGAUCAUCUAAAGACUGUAACUCUCCCUGAUAUAAAUACAUACAAUAAGGCUAUCCUAAGUACCGAGUUCUCUAUGUGUGCAGGAGAACUGAUCGAGGUUUAUGGAAAGGAGAGGACAUCUUUUGAUGGAGUUCUUACUUGUUUUUUUAUGGAUACAGCGAAAAAUAUUUUUUCAUAUAUUCGAACCUUUGCCAAUAUUUUAAAACCAAACUCCUUGUGGUGUAACGUCGGUCCUCUCCUUUACCACUACUCUGAAAUGACGAAUGAGCUAUCCAUCGAGUUAUCAUGGGAAGAAAUUAAAGUCAUAAUUUCCAAAUGGUUCACCUUUGUGGAGAUUGAAUGGAUCGAUAAUUAUUAUACAACCAAUGUUGAUUCCAUGAUGCAGGUGCAGUACCACUGCAUCUUUUUUUGCGCGAUCCGGAAUGAUGUGCCUGUGGAGGAGCCGACCACGGCGGACCCUCUUCAGGGGGGCUAG